AUGGCCGACGUCCGCAAACUCCUACAAGCCGAACGUCGCCAACGCGAAGCCAACAAUAAAAACACCCCCGCCGCACCGCCUCCCCCUCGCGCGUCCGGGAAAAGGCCAUUCUCAGAGAGCUCCGUCUCAUCUUCAAAACGUACCAGAAUGUCCACCCCGACAACAGCAAACCUACCCGCAGACUUCUUCUCCGGUGGCCCCGUCAGCAUCAGCAUCAGCAACGAACGGCCGAUGACACUAGAUGCCCGAGCUUCAAAACCCACCGCCACUACCACUUCGGAUAGCAAUUCUAUCUCAGAAGCGACAGCUUCACUACCGCAAGACUUCUUCCAAAAGAGUAGUAUGGAGGACAUAGACGAGGGCGAGUGGGCUGCGUUUCAGGCCGAGGUCGCGACGGAGGCGUCGUCAGCGCCAACGCCCGGUGUGCCUCCCGUGGCGACGGUGAUCACAGCUGCGCCGACGCUGAACAGCGCUGCGGGGGGGCAGGAGCAACGGAUAGACCAUGAGGAUGACUAUGGCAAGGGGGAGGAGGAGGAUGCCAAGCAGAAACUGCUCGACGAGUUUGAGGAGAUGGAGAGUCUGGAACAGAGGGUUUUGAAGCUUAAAGAGCGGAGGGAGGCGCUCAAGAGCAAGCAUCCCAUCGCAGGCACGCGGAUAGAAGCUAUUGAAGUGGAGGUUGCGGAGGGAGGAGCGCUGGAUGAUAAUGACGAUGAGGAUGAAUAUGAAGAGGAUGACUUCUUCAGGGCGAGGGGGUCCUAGAAUGUGAGAAGGGGAGAGAGAAAGGAGGUAACUUUUCUUCCUCUUCUUCACAUUCGUAUACAAGUUCUUAGCACUUCAUGUCACUUCAUAGCCACCAAACCCCUCUCUAUGAUCACGUGUGUCACCCACAAAGUGGGGGAGAAAAAAAGGCUUUGUACCUAUAGAUUGUAUACUAUCAUAGAACGAAACCGAGAGCUUAAUACCUCAGUCAUCCCCCCCUCUUUACUUCCUUCACCUUACCCUUCCCACUCAUAUACUUACCCUCACCAACUGUACCGUACAUUCCUACCAGUAUACAUAUUAAUUCACUUCCCCUCCCUUUCAAGUCCCACCACCCGACCAGAGACAAAGUACAGGAAAACGAGUGAAAAGAUAUGACCCAUUCAUCCCAGCCAACCAUCCAACCAACCAACCGUCAACAAUGCAUCCCUUCCACCAUCACCGCCGCCGCCGCCGACCCCAAACCCUAGAAUGCCGAUCAUGCCAUAUGCAUGUCCCACACCCCAGACCACCAUAUCCCGGAAACACAGCAAUCAAAGCUGUUCCGCUUCCGUCCGAUCUGCUGUCGUCACCGCUACUACUGUAGCACCCGUACUGUACCGCGCGCCGAUCAGGAGGCGUUUCUGGCUCUGCUCAUAUGCCGAGGAGAAAUACCGUGGAUCUGUAGGGGGGUAGCGCGGGUAAUUCUUCC